UGGGCUCUGGUUCCUAUUUCUACCAUUGGUCCUUUAUCGCAUUACGAGCCAACUCCCAUUUUUGCGCCUUAUCAUACUUCUACCCACAAGUCAAAGAUAUAGCUACCUCCCGUUUUGAAUCAGCAUCAGAACGCCUACGCGGCUAGUAUUAAUCGGCGUUUCGAGAAGACUUGCGUCAUCACUAUGCCGGGGUUCGCAGAUUCUUUCUGGUCUACGGACUACGCCGCAGGGUUGGGUGUCUUGUUCACCAAACUCCAGCAGGGAGUUCAGGAAGAUCGACAAAUUCUAACGAUCGCCCGAAUGCGAGCCGAGGCCGAAGAGGUCUACGGCCAGCGACUUGGAGAUAUUGCACCUGCAGCUGACAAGAUUACUGGUGGCUUUUCGCGUGAUGACGGCGCAAGUGUGCGAAAAGCAUACGAUGGCGUCCGGUCAGAGAUGGAAGAUGCCGCGAAGAACCAUAAGAAGAUCGCACAGAGCAUCAGGGAUUUGGUCGUGAACCCGUUCGCGCGAUGGUGCGACGCCCACGAAUCUCGCAUUCAAGACUCGCAAGAUGAUUUGCAGACCCGUAUCAAAGCCCACGAUCGCCAAGCCGAGGUAGUCAAAAAGUUGAGAAGCAACUACUUCAACAAGUGUCGCCUAGCUGAGGAUCUCGAAGAGGAAAACAAGUUAGCUUUUCAAGACCCGGAGACAAGUCCCAAGCAGAGCGCAAAUAUACCCGAGAUCAAGGUUUCGACGAAUAAGGAAGAAGAGGAAGAGGACGAGAUAUACGAGAUUGGCGAUGAGACAUACCAGACUGAACAGGUUAAGAAGAUACUAAUUCACAUGUUGAACACGAUAAAGAUGGGGGAGACGAAGGUGCCUAUCCUUGGUACAUAUCUCAACACAUCGUCUGGUUCCGAUAUUGUCGAGUAUAUGCAACGGCAUAUGGGCUCAACCAGCGUCAGCUACGCCGAACGGAUUGGUCAGGAUUUGGUGUCAAACGGCUUCCUUCGCCUUGUUGGUAACGUUGGAAAUAACUUUGCGAAUAGCUCGAAACUGUUUUACCAGUGGCGACCGAAGGCAUUCCAACUUUCAGGGGUUCCAGAGAAGAAGGUACCUUUUUCACGAACGUUCUCGAUGCCUUCAGAAAACGGGAACGGCAACGAUUCUCCCUCCACGGGCACCGUUAGUGAAUAUUUGUCUGGUUGGAAUGUCCUCGGCAGCCAAUAUCCCAACGAGACUCCCCCAGAGCGUCUUCGGCGCGAGGCAAGGGAAGCUGACGAUAAGUACAAAGCUGCUGUCCGAAAGCUUGAUGAGAUGCGCUGCGAACUCGAAGAAGCCAUCUUUGUCCAUCUACGAUUUCUAGAGCGUUGCGAGUUGGAUAGAUUGAAGGCUAUCAAGACCGUCGUCCUCGACUUUUCCGGUACUAUUGGAAAUGUCAUCCCAAGCUUACAGUCUACGGUGGAUCGCAUGGUUUUAUACCAAGAGACAGUACAGCCUGCCGGAGAUCUGCGAUACCUAUUGGAGAAUUAUAGGACAGGCCGCUUUGCUCCUAAGGUUGUCACGUAUGAGAACUAUUAUAACAAGGUUGAGGAGCAUACAUUUGGUGUAGAUCUUGAGGCCAGAGCACGAGCGGAUAAGAAGCGCGUUCCUAUCAUCAUCACUACGAUCUUGACGUAUCUGGACAAUCAUUAUCCAGAUCUAGAAGGCGACGAGGCAAGAAGGGGUGUAUGGCUUACUGAAGUUCAGCUUCCCCAAGUCCACAAAUUACGAGUGAAGGUCAACAAUGGCAAACCCUUCACUCCUGACACGCUUUCCGAAUUUGACGUCUCUACUGUUGCGCAUUUGUUAAAACUGUAUCUCUUGGAACUCCCUGACUCGCUGGUAUCCUCUCAUGUGUACGAGAUCAUUAGAACUAUUUACCAAACUCCCACCUCCGAAACUACCGACGCGGCGAGAAUUGCCGUUUUACAACAGACACUCUCACAACUACGCCUCACGAACAUCGCAACACUUGACGCCUGUAUGAAUCACUUUACGAGACUGAUCGACCUGACAUCAGCGGAUGAGCAAUACAUAACUGAGCUUGCGACAAUUAUGGCCCCUUGCAUCCUGCGACCUCGUGUCGAAACAUCGCUGACGAUGGAGGAGAAACACGCUUACCGUUUAGUUCGCGACCUAUUCGCACACAAAGACGCCAUCUUCAGUGAGCUGAAGCGCAUGUCGAGUCUGACACACUCAGGAUCACUCAGCAGCAACAACACAAGCAACAAUAACCGACCACGAGCAAUCAGCACGGAUGAGAGCAACAGGAGAGCACACAUGGAGGAGAGGCAACGUGCCCUUCUAGAAAAGGCAGGGCCGCGCGGCCGCGCCACUAGUCCGGCUCCCGGCCCCCGUCACCGACGUGAUAGAAGUACGGGCGGACCCGAGACUAGGUUCCCCAUUGCCAGCCCUACUACCGCGAACGAUCGCCAUCGCAGCAGCCUAGGCAGCCUGAACACGGUAAAGCGAUCCAGUCUCGAGGUCCCGGAUGGGAGCCCAUCUUCGGAGACCAACGGCACAAACGAGGACUCGCCAAAACAACAUGUCAACGGCGACUCAUUACUCUCAAAACGGGACAGCCUAGGGCGUAGCGGAGCGCGAUUUGUAGGCGGACGACGAGUUACUGCGUCCAGAGCUGAACCCUCAGGUCUAGGAAGCGCACCCAGCACGCCCGUCAGCAAGGUGGCGGAACCUGACCGCGGUGUCACGCUCGUGGACGCGCCCAUGGACGACUAGUAACGCGUGGGUUGACAUACGAGAUUAUCCGCCGCGAAUGGGUAAUUAUCUACAUAAAGAAUGGGGCCAACGCCCAGAGGGAACACUCGCCUCGUUUUACAACAAACCUAGACGGAUGU